AUGUUGGCAAAAAAUGAUCACACGCCAACAUCGCUGGACAACAUUCGCAAGACAGUUAACCUGAUCACAGCAGAAAUGGAUCUCCACUACUCUGAAUGCGAUAGCGUCGAGAAUCAGGUGCAAAUGGUAGUGGAUUCGAUAUAUGCCAAAGAUAUUCUGAGGCAGGAAUUUCGACUGUCUGGGUCAGUGACAUUUGAGAGUUCAUUUGAACUUGAAGCUACCAGGCAGGGCCAACCAGUGGAGGAAAUGCUGCAGGUAUCCAUCGGGGCAAACGCCGCUCUAAUCCAAUAA